AAAAUGCAUUUAUGACAUUUUUUAAAUAUUUGUAUUAUCUGGAUGGAAUUGUGUGAAAAAAUGAAGUUAAUUAUUACACAAGUUGUUAUAAAUGUGUCUCAUAUUAUAUAAGUAUAAGUACACAUUUUAAACAAUGACAAGGAAGAGUGACGGGUCAGCUGCUAUUAUGUUCACAUCUCGAUUCCUAGACUCGGCCCUGCGCGUAGGGGUGCGCGCGCUGCUACUGAUAAUAGGAAGGGUGAAACAGAAGGAGACGGAGGAAAAGGGUGAAAAAGAGACAGGGCGAGUAGAGACGCGCGUGCGGAGCGGCUGCCUACGACUAGCUCAGCGGCCGUCAGUCGGUGGUCGCACGCUCGUUCGGGGGUGACGGGUGCGUCUACAUACGCGAGGAGGGCGAUAGAAACUUCAUGCGCCUCCUUGGCGAUCGAGUGAGACGCGCCAUUCGAUGAAUCGCCGUUCUGUAUCGUCCGUCGUGAGAGUGACACAGAUAAAACAGAGAGCAGCAUAAAAAAGAGGAAAUCGAGCAACACGGGGCGACAAAAUGUCGAUGUACCACUGUUUAUUGUGAACGAAUCGAGGGGACAAGGGAAAAAGAGAGAGAGCGAGAGAGAGAGAGAGACAGGAGGAAAGAGGAAGAGAGAAAAAAGGGGGUUGAACACACAGUGGCGGUACAUCUCUCUUUUUUACGAAUUGUCGGUACGCGCAGUCGUUUUUGGUGUUGUUGGCUGGCUUGAUGCCUGUUUCUUUUUUUUGUUUGCUAUAUAUUGCUGUUGCUGCCGCCGUUGAAGCCGCCGUCCGCUGCUGCAGCGGUCGCUAGCGAAUUUAAAAAGAGAGAAAAGAUAUACACUCAAGCCUUUUUAUUGUCUCGUCGUUGUUUCGUUUUCGUUGUCCCUUCUCCACCCUUGUAAAAGCAAAAGAAAAGAAAUUUUCACCUCUGUCAUGAGAGAACGAUGCGAAAAAGAAAAAAAUUAUAUAUGACAUUCUCGAGGACCACCAGUCAGCCUUUGUAACUUCUUUUCUAUCACGAGUAGAUGACGUAUCAGAGUAGGUCACUCUUCUUCUGGUAUCUCUUGCGUGUUGUAUUUAUCAUGGAUUUUCUUGGUCCCGCGAAUGUCCGCAGCGCAGACUAUCGCGUUAUAAAUACCUGUCUAUAUAUCUUCGUGCACGCACAUAUUCGUCGUCUAUGCAUGUCGUUUAUUCGCUUAGACACGAUUAAGCUUAUCGUUCAACUCAUCUAUACUCGUCAUACAUUUUUAAAAUCGCCGUGUCAUAGUCUUUUUUUCUGAAUAUUUCCGAAUCUCUUUCAAUUCCCGUCUAGUAGCUGACUUUCAAUGUAAAUAAUGUAAAUAAUUUAUAGAUCGAAGUAAUCAUGAAGAAAGUUUAUAUACUUGCAUGUGGGCUACAAAAACUUUAUUUUACUGUGAUUCUGUUCUCACUGCCUUUUUUUUUCGCAAUGGAGGUUUGUGGUGUAUAGCCGAGUACUUUUGAUAUAAAUGUAUAAAUAUGCACGAGUAGAAACUGCUUUCCGCUUUUUCUUAAGUGUUGUAAACAUUAAUGAUAUGCAUAUGUGUAACAAUACAAUUAUCACAAUCUUCGUUGAAAAAAAUACUGCAGAUCUAUAAUUGCUUCACGUUAUAAGAUUUUAUCAAUAAUCAUACAUGAUAUUAUUGAUGCACAAAGUUAUCUCAAGAUCGCUUUCUUUCACGAUAAUAUGAUACUCUACAAUGAUAAUGUGACACUGCAGUGAAUCUUAUUACGCUAUGUUCAAAUCAAAAAUUUUAAAAUAUCAAAUCAAUUUCAAAUCAAUUUUAUGAAAAGUUUUAAAAGAAAUAUUUAUAAUUGUUUUGUUAAAUUUAAUUAUAUUAAGGGAUACCAUUAAUUUAUGCAACAUUAAAAGAAGUUUACAAUUUCAUUAAAAAUCAUUUUCUGUACAUACACACAUACACGUGAUUAUACAUACAAAAUUUUCUUAUGCUAGAAUGUAGUAAUUAGAUACAAAUUAAAUGCAACUUCCCUUGCUUUGCUUUAAGAAAUUCAAAGCAAAUAAAAAACCAGAGCAAGCAUAUUCCGACGUAUACAUAUUCUAUAUAGAGAAAUUAUAUUAAGGAAAAAUGAUUAUUCCGAACUUGUCGGCUAUUUUUUGUGUUUACUAUUAAAACAUACUUUAUCGAUAUAUAUAUAUAUAUAUAUAUAUAUAUAUUGUGAUAUAUAUAUAUAUAUUGUGCUAAAAGCCUCCAUCUCUAAGUAUGUUUUCUCUGGUAACAUGGAGUUGCUUGCUACAUGCAUUGUAGUAUUUAUAUAUAUUUACUUUUUUAAUAUCCAGCGGACGCAUAACCAAAGUGUUUCAUAUAACAAAAAUUUUAUAGAUUAAAGGUUUUUAAUCAUUUUAAGAUCGAUUUAAAUGGCAUUAAAAUCUAUCCCCAGAGAAUAUUCAAAAUUUGCAUGAUAAACAGUGAUUGAAAAUUAUUGCAAUAUCUGUAACAUAUAAUGUUUAAAUUUUACUCAUGUUAAUAUUCCUAUUCAAGAGGUAAUAACGCUUUUCAAGCACAUAUUUUCUCUUUUACAAUUUAUCUCUUUUCUUUUUCUUUAAUAUUUAAAUAUAUGCUUAUUGCGCUUUAAAUGUAGAAAGCGCAAUAAAGUAUAUCUGAAAAAAUAAUAGAUUUCAUAUAUUAUUUAUGUGAGUCGGAUCUUUGAAAACUAUCGUAUCUCGGAACCAGCUAUGCAUAUUGAAGACAAACGUGACAACCUAUGUCUAUGACGAAUCGCCGAGAAAAUAAUGCGUUACGCGUUCGCUGAUUAGCGGCGAUUCUAUUCAACGUAAAAUGAAUCGCUUUCAAUGUGCUUGCCGCAUAGCGAUUUAGAGACGUAGACCGUAACGACGGGCGCCAGAACGGGCGGAGCUCCGUCACGUUUCUUGCCUUUCCAGAGAGGCAAAGGAAAGAGUUAGAGAAAAAGAGAGGGAGAGAGAGAGGAAAAAAAGAAAAGAAAAAGAAGGCGGCAAAGAGAAAUUCUUCUGGGACAGUAUAAGGGGUGUGUGGCAUGCCUGACAUGACACGGACCCAUCAUCGGCGCAUCAUGCGACCAUGCGAAUGUAACUCGUAACAGGAACGGGGACGUCCCAGAGCUGCUUUGAGACGGGAAGAGAAAAAGCGAGUGGGCAACUCGUGAAGCGAUGUAUGCCGCGGCAGGUGGUGCCAGCAUCGCCAACCGGAGGAAGCAGAAGCGGCUGCAGCUUAACAAACAAACGCCGGUCCAUGUCAUUCCGCCAAGACUGAAGAGCGUACACCCUGGCUCGCGUCAUCAUCAGCAGCAGCAGCAUUAUCAGCACCAUCAACAUCAGCACCAGCACCAGCACCACCACCCGUACCAUCAUCAUCAUCACCACCACCACCAUCAUCACCAUCCUCCGACCAAGCUCGCCGCCACCCGUCAGCAAGCCCCACGAGCGCAACAGCAAACGCUGACGUCAACAUCUUCGUCGUCCGCCGCGUUUCAUCCGGGCAUCGAUGAUCGACGCCGUCACGCCAUCGAUCACCACAAGUCCCAUCAGGAGCAGGUCGCGCCGGUCUCGCCGAUCCAGUUCCCGAUCUCGCCGCCUCCGCUUUCCCUCGAAUCUUCAACGUCCGCCACCACCUAUCCAGCCAACAACAAGUCCAGCAAGUUUCCCUUCCCGCCGUCCUCGGUCCUCGAUCUCCGAGUAUCACCUCCUACUUCGGAGCUACAGUGCGGCGGUCAAGGACCUGGCGGUAAAGCAGCAUGGCAGGGAUGCAACAGACCUUCGCCCCUUCCUUUAUCUCCUACGUCACCUGGCUACAGGACAAAGCAGUGCGAAGCACAUCGGCGAUGGAUGAAAAGAAACAGGAUAAGAGACGCCAGUUAUUGCUACGGGAGCAGCGACGACGAGGAAGAUGACAGCAGUAAUGCCAUACGGCAGAGGGGAGAGGUCAGCGCGGCGGUCAACACCGUGCUCUACGUGGGUUUAGGGACCACUGCGCUCGGUUUAGUUAUCUCGUUCGUCGGCAUCGGUGAGAAGGGUUUCCUAAGCCCGCAGCUGAGACUCGUCGGUCCGUCGCUCUUGUGCGCCGGAUUGCUGUGCUGCCUGUUUCGCGUGCUGCUGUGCCUCUGCCUAUGUCGCUGCGGCCAGUGCCGCUGGCAGUUCUGUCACGUCGCCUCGCAUAAGAAGGAGAAGGCGAGGAAAGCAGACAUGCGACCGGGAACGUUAUCGACCGCUUCGUUGUUGCCGCCGACGCAGCAGGAACGACCGAUCGCGCCUACCAGCCGCUCCGUGUCACCAGCGACGAAGGGACACGAGCUCCUGCUCUCACCUGCCCAAUUACCGGAGUGAAAGGACAACGUAACGCGCGCCCCGAACGUUUUUUACGAAUGAAUUCUAUAUACUAUAUACGCCGAUUUACUGCCGGUUCUUGCCCACUUACUCGACUCUAGUUUCCGUUGCGGCUUGAAUCGCAAAUUCUCGCAGCCUAAAAAGUAGUCUAAACAUGCGUCUUUAGAUCUUAAACAAUAGAUAAAUAAAGGAAUCGGCUACGUUUUUCUA